UAUAUAUAUAUAUAUAUAUAUAUUCAACACAAGCUCAGAUAAGACAGAUAAUGGCGAGCAGAAGAAAAUCAACAACGCCUUGCAUGGUCCCUCCUGUUCAAAUGGUGGAUUCAGACCCUGACAUGGAGGUCGUUAAAGAGGGAGACGGAGAGGCUGAGGAGGGGGCCGCUAACUGUCCUGUGGAAAACUCAACUGAAAGCAUCCCGAAUGAGGAUGACUCACAGGCCAUCGACCACUUCAUUAAAACUAUGGACUCGAGUACGGCAGAAGGAGGUUAUGAGUGCAAGUACUGCAGCUUUCAGACCUCACAGCUCAAUAUGUUUACCUUGCAUGUGGACACUGAGCACCCAAAUAUAGUUCUAAACUCAUCUUAUGUGUGUGUUGAAUGUGACUUUCACACCAAGAGAUAUGAUGCAUUGUUGGAGCAUAAUGCACGUCACCACCCUGGAGAAGACAAUUUCACCAGGACUAUGGUGAAACGCAACAAUCAAACCAUCUUUGAGCAUCAAAGCAUCAACCAUGACUUGACCUUUGAUGGCAGUUUUGUUAAGGUUGAGGAGGAUGAUGACACAUCCUGUAAGGGUAUUGCCCUAAGCAAAACGCCAAUCAUGAAGAUCAAGAGUAGGUCUGAGGCCAAGAAGUUUACAGGGUCACACAAAAUGGCAGAUUACAGUGUCAUUAAAGUGGAGAGUGAUGGGGAGGAAGAGAUGGAGGAGGUGGUCCCCCCUCCUGUCACCCCCAAUGUAGUGGCUGUGUCGACCCCUCUGACCAUUCAACCUAUUCAGCAAAGCAUAAUGGUCAACAGCCCAAACGUGCUCCAAAUAAAGACCAGUAACUCUGCCACAAUGCUCCCCCCAGGGACAUUGGCUCAAGUUCUGUCUGCCUUACAGAAUCAGCAGACCUCCCAGACCCAGCUCCUCAUCCCGGUCAGUAGUAUCCCCACAUACAAUGGGGCCAUGGACAAUAAUGUCCUGCUGGUCAGCGCCUACAACAGGUUCCCUUACCCAUCUGUGUCAGAAAUCAUGGGCCUAGCAGCCCAAACCAAGUUCACAGAGGAGCAAAUAAAGGUAUGGUUCUCUGCUCAGCGGCUGAAGCACGGUGUGAGCUGGACCCCGGAGGAGGUGGAGGAGGCCAGGAGGAAAAAGUUUAACGGCUCAGUGCAGGCGGUGCCACAGACCAUCACUGUCAUCCCAGCCAAUUUUGCAACAGCAGCCAAUGGCCUGCAGUCCAUCUUUCAGACUUGUCAGAUUGUAGGGCAACCAGGGAUGGUUUUGACUCAGGUCGGGGGUGGCAACGCUGUCCCUGUGGCCUCACCCAUCACGUUAGCUGUAGCUGGGAUCCCCAACCCCGGAACCAGUGUCAGUAAGGUGCCAGAACCCUCCACCUCUGAGACCGCUUCUCCACUCAGUCCCGAUUCCCUGGGAGCGCGACCUAAAAAAUCCAAGGAGCAACUAGCAGAGCUGAAGGCCAGUUACCUGAGACGACAGUUUGCCACUGAGGCAGAAAUCUCUCGGUUGAUGAAGGUCACUAACCUCACCAAAAGAGCAAUAAAGAAGUGGUUCAGCGAUACACGCUAUAACCAACGCAACUCAAAGGACCACCACGGCGUUGCCUUAAAUGACAUUUCAGUCAGCGCCAACAGUAACGACGGCAGCAGCAGCACAGCCAUUGUGAUCGACUCCAGCGACGAAGCCAGUGAAUCCUCUCCGACAACCCAAGGGCCCAUUUAUGAUCCACGAAUCAAGUUCCGCCACGCCUUUCCUGACUUCACACCUCAGAAGUUCAAGGAAAAGACUCCGGAGCAGCUUCUGCUUUUGGAGGCCAGCUACCAGAAGUCUGACAAACCUAGCGAUGAGGAGCUAAGUAGGCUUAGAAUGGAGACUAAACUGACUAGGCGAGAGGUGGACGCCUGGUUCUCCGAGAGGAGAAAAAUGCCAGUGGACUCUGAUGGCGCAGAGGAGCCGGAGAGUGAACGGAUCAAAGCGCCUUCCUCUGGGCAAGAGGCUCAGACUCCACCCAGCGGCCGAAAGAUAAUGAAGAAAACCCCAGAGCAGCUACACGUCCUGAAAAGCACCUUUGUUCGUACCCAGUGGCCCUCUGCUGAAGAGUACGACAAGAUGGCAGAGGAGAGCGGGUUACCCAGAACCUACAUUGUUAACUGGUUUGGAGACACCCGGUAUGCCUGCAAGAACAGUAACCUGAAGUGGUACUACUUGUACCAGAGUGGAAAAGUUAACGAGGCAAUGAACGGAGGUGAACUUAAGAAGAAGCCACGGAAACGCUUUCGGGGUUGGUCCAGGAGGACGAGGCGGCCAUACCCCUGCAAACAAACAACCCCUGCCAUCAAAGUCAAGACGGGUAAAGAGAUUUUAAAGGAGCACUACCUCAAGCAUAAGGUCUUAAAUGAGAAAGAUUUGGAUGAACUGGUGGCCAAGUCCAGUAUGAGCUAUGAGCAGGUGCGGGACUGGUUUGCGGAGAUCAGCAGGAGGGAAGAGAAAGGCCUUGACCCUUUCAGUGACGGUGAAGAGGAGACGCAUGGCGACAGUGAGGCAGAGAUGGAAGUGAAAGAGCAAGGGGAUGUCGUCACUGAUGAAAAAAACGAUAACAAAGAUGAUGAAAAUAACAAUGAUGAAGUUGAAAAUAAUGACAAUGAAACCACGGAAGAGCCUCAAUGUAUCAAGCAAUCACAGCCGGAGUCAGAGGAUCAGUGAUUAAAGAAUUCACAUUGGUUGCCUACAGAAGAGAUGAAAAACACAGGUGAAAUGUACUAAGUGUUUGUGUUAUACUGCACCAGACACAAAGAAACAAGAGAAGGUGUAUGAUGCCAAAUAAUUUUAGCAAGGAAUAAUAGAUACAUACAGUAUGUUUUACCUUUGUUUAAAAUACUAUUUGGUCUUUUGGGACAUUUUAGUCAUUUGACCUUGCUAUCUUUACUAAAUCCAAGACAUGUCGAUGAGGUUAAACCUCA